AUGGGCUUCGGGCCGGAGCUGUGGUGCCCGCGGGGGCACAGCGCCCUGCUGCGGCUGCAGGACGGGGAGCUGCGUCUCCUGGAGCUGAUGAAGAAGUGGAUGUCGCAGCGUGCCAAGAGCGACCGGGAGUACGCAGGGAUGCUGCACCACAUGUUCUCCCAGCUGGAGAAGCAGGAGGGCACUGGGCAGCUCCGUGGUGACCAUGGUGCCAGAUGGAGAAGACCUGGUGGGUGCUGGCGAGCCGACUGAGACGCUGAGCCAGAUCCUGCGGCAGCACGCAGAGGAGCUGGUGGCAGGUGUCCGCUGGCCAAGCUGAGCCUGCUCAUCCGUGACAAGCAGCAGCUGCGCAAGCCUUCAGUGAGCAGGUGGCAGCUGCUCAGACAGGAGUACACCCGUGUAUGUGGGGGCCAG